GCGAUAAUGGCCGACGUAAUUGCUUGUGUCGGUUCUGGCCUAUCAAUACAAAAUACUGUCUCCGUUGCUGAGACCAAGAAGCAUAUUCCUAUCGCAGCUGCGGGAAAAGUAUUGUUAAACAGACAAGAGGCAGCUGUGACGAGCCAUUUCCAAGAGCAGCUCCAUUUAAAAGAAAGGAGACAGAGCUUUGUUUCAAUUGUCAACGUCUCCUGGCGCAUUCACCAGACGCAUGCAAUCGAUUCAGAGCCAGAUCUUGAUGGCAGAGGAGACGAGGUAGUGUAUAUGAAACAGCACUGUGACUAUGGUCUCCUGUCAUAGCCCCCAUUGUCUGCUAGAUCGAGCGUGAGUUUCAA